AUGGCUCGGUCCGCAUCAGCAACUGGCGCUCAUGCAUUGGUAUUCGGCGCAUCCGGUCUAGCAGGCUGGGGCGUUGUCGACCAGCUCCUUUCCAAUUAUCCCCCCCUAGGCGCUUUCUCACACGUCACAGCAAUAGUGAACCGGCCUUUCAGCGUCGCCGACUCUUACUGGCCCGAUCCCUCGCCAUCACGACCGAAGCUCCAGUUGGAGCAAGAACCUGACGUCGAUAUCAAGGUCAAUCGUGACAUGAUCGAGCGUGCAAUCGGCGCCUUGAACAUUCUUUCACUGAGCCUAAAGUUCGUGGUAUUACCCAGCGGUACCAGGGGUUAUGGCAUCCACAUUCCCGGUGGAGUCUUCAAAGCCCCUUUUAAGGAGUCCAUGGGCCGAUUGCCAGAGCCAAUCGCCAGCAACGUUUUCUGCUUUGCGCAUCAAGAUGCGCUCGAGGAGAUGAGCAAAGGGAGAGAUUGGACGUGGUGUGAAGUCAGACCAGAUGCUAUCAUCGGCUUCGUCCCCAACGGCAGUACCUUCAACCUCCCAGCCCACUGGGCUACCUACCUCUCCUUGUACGCUCUUGUCGAGGGAAAAGGCGCCGAAGUCCCCUUUCCCGGCACGGUCACUGCCUACAAUUCCCUUUUCAACGAUGCUUUUGCAGACAUCAUAGCUAAAUUCUCCAUCUGGGCUUUCCUGCACCCUGAGGAGUGCGGAGGCGGUGAGUUGUUCAAUAUCGCAGACCGGGCCCCUCCUUCACGCAUGAGCGAACGCUGGCCGGCUAUUGCGAAAUACUUCGGCCUCGAAGGCGUUGGCCCGGAUGUUGAUGGUAAGGACGCGCUGAAGCCGGGAGAGUAUAUCGAGAAGCAUGAACAGGCCUUGGAAGCGUGGGGCGGGAAGGAUAGUAGGAUUUUCAAAGCGGAAUAUCUGGAUGAGUACGGCUGUCUUUACAUUCGAUAG